CUAUAUCUUGCACAUUUUUAUAUUGUAGCAUACUGUAUGUUGCAUAUUUUAAGAUGCUAAUCUUAAAUGUUGUAUGCAUUUGCAUGUUUAAAACUGAUACAUCUAAACAAAUAAAAUACAUUUUAAUAAAAUGGAAAGGUUGGUUUUCUCAUUUUUGAGGCUUAUUGGUGUUCUCUCCGAGAUUUUUAAGGAUUUACCUUAGUACAAACAGAUCGGCAACACCUAAUAAUGCUAUACACACUCACACAUAUGCAGAAAAAAAAACACAAGCUGCGUCAAAUUUAGUUUGCUGUGUUGUUCAAGGCAGGCGUGGCUGUGAUUGUUGGAUAUUUCAUUGCAAAACUGCUCCGGUUGUGCAGAUAUGCGUGUUUCUCUCUGCUGUUUGACUGUUGCAUUUCAUUCUUUCGUGCAGCAGAAAUACUAAAAUAAUGCUAAAAUAAUACUAAAAUAAAUUUCAGACGGAAAUCGAAUUAAUGACCCCCGUUUAUGGUGGAAUUAGCUUGCUUCUGUAUGCAAAUAAUAAUCGUCAGAAACGUCAUGGAACACCUUUGAUUCUUACAAUGGUUUAUUCCUGCAAUGGUUUUGCCGGACCUAACAAAAGUGAAAGUGUUUUUUUUUAGUGCCUAAAAGAACUGCAACACGAACUACAAAACAAAACAGCAGAAAGAUUGGUUACAUGCAUUUUUCAAUGACUAGUACAGUAGAUAUAUGCAAAAGUCAUCAGACUGUCAGUAACAGCAGUGUGUGUGGACUAAACUAUGGAACAUUUUGUCAGUGGAUGUGUAAGCGAUCAGACUCGUCCGAUCCACCUAUGCACCUCCAAUAUGGACGACACACAGACAUCCAGUGAUGGAGACUUUUGUCCUGGAAUCAGUUCAGUCAAACAGAAUGGAACAGGAUCACCAGAGCCCAUGUAUGUGUCUAUGAAGAGUUAUCAGUCUAUGGAUCCACUAUGUUUUAAUGAUGGAAACAAAUGCAGCCCAGUCCAUCAUAAGGGAACAGAAUCAGCAGAGCCCAGCUAUGUGUCUAUGCAGAGCAAUCAGUCUAUGGAUCCACCACAACGUUUUAAUGAUGGAAACACAAAAUCUGGCUGCAAAUACAGUUUAGUCCAGCAUAAAAGAACAGGAUCACCAGAGCCCAGCUGUGUGUCUGUGAAGAGCAAUCAGUCUAUGGAUCCACCACUACGUUUUAAUGAUGGAAACACAAGAUCUGGCUGCAGAUACAGUUCAGUCCAGCAUAAGAGAGCAGGAUCACCAGAGCCCAGCUGUGUGUCUAUGAAGAGCAAUCAGUCUAUGGAUCCACCACAACGAUUUAAUGAUGGAAACACAAGAUCUCACGGCAGAUACAGUUCAGUCCAGCAUAAAAGAACAGGGUCACCAGAGCCCAGCUGUGUGUCUAUGAAGAGCAAUCAGUCUAUGGAUCCACCACAACGUUUUAAUGAUGGAAACACAUCACCUGGCAGCAGAAAGAGAAGACACAACAUGAGGGAGAGUCUCUUCCAGUUACCAAAACCCAGCCAUGUGCAUGUGAAAAGGGACCAUUUGGUGAAUUACCAAAUAUGUUUCAGUGGUGGAAACACUGGCCGCCGCCAUGAAGUUCUCAACACAUUUAGAUCAAAUCUGAAGAAUAAGUUUGAGUGUCUGUAUGAGGGAACAGCAAAGGAGGGAAACCCAACACUCCUGAAUGAGAUCUACACAGAGCUCUACAUCACAGAGAGUGAGAGUAGAGAGAUCAGUAAUGAGCAUGAGGCAAGACAGAUUGAGACACAAUCCAGGAGAGCAGCAACAGAGGACACACCGAUCAAAUGCAAUGACAUCUUUAGACCUUUACCUGGACAGGACAAACCCAUCAGAACUGUGCUGACAAAGGGAGUCGCUGGCAUUGGAAAAACAGUCUCUGUGCAGAAGUUCAUCCUGGACUGGGCUGAAGGGAAAGAAAAUCAGGAUGUCCAGCUCAUAUUUCCACUUCCUUUCAGAGAACUCAAUCUGAUGAAGGACAAAACACUCAGUCUUUCAGAUCUUCUUCAUGUCUUUUUUCCUGAAACAAAAGAAAUGGUAAUAUCCAGUGGCAAAUAUAAAGUGUUGUUCAUCUUUGAUGGUCUGGACGAGUGUCGUCUGUCUCUGGAUUUUCAGAGCAAUGUGAGGUUGUGUGAUGUAAGUGAUUCAGCAUCAGUGGACGUGCUGCUGACAAACCUCAUUGUGGGGAAUCUGCUUCCCUCUGCUCUCAUCUGGAUCACCUCCAGACCAGCAACAGCUGAUCACGUCCCCUCUGAGUGUGUCCAUCGAGUGACAGAGGUACGAGGCUUCAGUGAGCCACAGAAGGAGGAAUACUUCAGGAAGAGAAUCAGUGAUCAGAGUCUGGCAGAUAGAAUCAUCUCACACCUGAAGUCAUCAAGGAGCCUCUACAUCAUGUGCCACAUCCCAGUGUUCUGCUGGAUCUCAGCCACUGUUCUAGAGAAGAUGUUGAGUCAAGCAAAAAGUGGAGAGAUUCCCAAGACUCUCACUCAAAUGUACACACACUUCCUGAUGGCACAGAUGAACAUCAAAGACACAAAGUACAACGAGAAGAAGGACAUGGACAAAAAGAUGAUUUUCAAACUAGGUAAACUGGCAUACAAACAACUGGAAAAAGGCAAUGUGAUCUUCUAUGAGGAAGAUCUGAGAGAGUGUGGCAUUGAUGUGACAGAAGCAUCAGUGUACUCAGGAUUGUGCACUCAGAUCUUCAGAGAGGAGUUUGGAUUGUAUCAGGGGAAAGUCUUUUGCUUUGUUCAUCUAAGCAUUCAGGAACAUUUAGCAGCUCUAUAUGUGCACCUCUCCUGUACAAUCCACAACAGAAAUGUGUUUGACCAAAUCAACAAACAUAGUUUGUUUUCUAAAAUUAAGCACUGGUUUCAACCAAAAUCAUCAAAACACGUUUCAUUAUCCGAGUUGCAUCACAGAGCUGUGGAUAAGGCACUACAGAGUAAAAAUGGACAUCUGGACUUUUUCCUGCGGUUUCUACUGGGUUUGUCACUGGAGUCUCAUCAGAUUCUCCUACAAGGACUAAUGACACUAACAAGAAGCAGCUCUGACAGCAAUGAGGAAACAGUUGAGUAUGUCAAGAAGAAGAUCAGGAGCAGUCGCUCUCCAGAAAAAUUUAUCAAUCUGUUCCACUGUCUGAAUGAACUGGGUGACCGUUCACUAGUGGAGGAAAUACAACAGUAUAUGAGAUCUGGAACAAUAAAGGAAGUCAAACUGUCUUCAUCUCAGUGGUCAGCUGUAGCUUUUGUGUUGCUGACAUCAGAGAAGGAGCUGGAUGUGUUUGAUCUCAAGACAUUUGUUGUAGGAAGCAAUAAAGCUGAAAAUAUGAAAGUUUUUCAGAAGCUGCUGCCUGUGAUUAAAGAAUCCAGAUCAGUUCACAUAAGUGAUUGUGGUCUCACAGAUGAAGGUUGUGCUGCUCUGGCUUCAGCUUUGAGACCAAACCCCUCACAUCUGAGAGAACUGGAUCUGUCUUGGAAUAAACUAGGAAGUUCUGGCGUGGCGCUUCUCUGUUCUGUACUUAAGAAUCCUCACUGUAAACUGGAGAAACUGUGGUUGUGGGAAUGUGGUGUCACAGCUGAAGGUUGUGCUGCUCUGGCUUCUUUUCUGAGCUCAAACCCCUCACACCUGAGAGAACUGGUUCUGUCUUGGAAUAAUCUACGAGAUUUGGGUGUGAGGCUUCUCUGUACUGGACUUAAAGAUCCUCACUGUAAACUGGAGAAACUGUGGUUAAGAGAAUGUGGUGUCACAGAAGAAGGUUGUGCUGCUCUGGCGUCAGCUCUGAGGUCAAACCCCUCACACCUGAAACAUCUUAGUUUGUCUGAGAAUAACCUAGCAUGUUCUGCAGUGCGGUUACUUUCUGACCUAAAGGAUAAUCCACAUUAUAAACUGGUGGAACUAUACUAUUGACUCUCAGUAUUUAGACAUCCGUCCAGUUUCCUCAGGAUCAGCUGAUGGUGCAUGAGGAGCUACAGAGUCACACAAUCAACAGAGACUGAACAGAGACACAGUGAUCACUGAUUUGGGAGUUUGUACUGUAAUUUUUCUAUUUUUGCAUAGUUUUUUUUAUUAUAAAAUACCUUUUAUAAUGAUCUUGUACUUUUGCUAAAAUAUGAUUGUAAUAUUUUAUUUCUCUAUACAUUUGACAGCAUUUUAGAUUCAGGUUCAAAAGAUUCGAUUCAGGGGAAAUUGCUUUUCUUCUGCUCUACCAGCAGAGGGCGGCAAAAACUACAAAUUAUUUUAGUAUUUUUUAUAGUAGUGUCAAAUUGUAAACAUAUAUAUAUAUAAUUGCCAUUACUUUAUGCAUUUCAAGAAUUUGCAAAGCUAUCAACAUACACUAUUUUUGACAAUUAAUGUAAACAGAAAUGUUGUAGAUGAAAGUUUGAUUUUUUUGUCCUGGCCAAUUUCAAUGACUUUUAUCAUUUUAUAAUAUUUUACAUACUUUACGACUUAUAUUAGUUCAUGAACAAUGUACGAACAAUGUAGAGCUACAGCUGAAUUUCACAAAUUAGUCACUGUGACUCUCCAGUUACUAAGAACCCACUUGUAGAAAUAAUUACAUUCCUCCACACUUGUGCAAAACAAUCUGUUAAGGUAUAUUAUUGUAAGUAUGGUUUGUUCUGUUGUCAUAGUAUUUUAGGGAAAAAAUAAACUCAAGGGGCCUUAUUAUUCUCUCUAUCAUAGAGAGCUAUUAAAGCUGCUAAAUGUGCAGAGAGAUGGUCAGACACACUGAUAACAUUCAAGUUAAACAUAAGAAAACUAACAUCACACUUGCUGAGAAAGAUAUAAA